GGCUUUUGAAGGUUUCUUCGGUCAGAGUCCCCAGAGUUGCCAGGUCAACCCCUCGGCCUUCCUAAGGCAGGCAGGGAGCCAGGAAGUAUGGCUCUUGGAGUGAGGACGGAUAUGAAGGUGAUGUCCUUGGCGUAAAGCCCGGUGCACACAUGCGCAGUUACCCGGACUACUGCAGACACCGGAAGAGCUGUUUGGACCCGUCUCUGCCUGCCCUUAUUUCCUGGGCUGGGGUCCGCCUUCCAGCCAACAGCUGAGAGGCUGGGGGACUCUGGCUCUUCCUGCCCUGCCCAUCUCCCAGAUCGACUGUUUCACUCCCCUUGGACCUUGCCAACCCAAGAUGCUCCCUCCAGGCAAGUGGGAGGAUGCCGACCCUGGGGUUCCUGCUGCUGCCCCCUUGGGAGGGCAUCAGCAGGGGCAGGGGUUGGCCUUGGCCCUGGGCUGGGGGGGGGGGGGCGGGGGUUGGCCCAAUACCUUCUCUGCACCAGGAUCAUGACUCUGGGCAAACAGCGUUUACCAGGCCGGCCAAGGACCUAUUUAUAGCCUCAGCUGCUCCUCUGGCCGGGUUACGAGGGAGGGGCAGGGCGGCUGCUCAGAACACGGGGGGUAGUCGGGCUGGGGGAACCCGGCUCUGCCCAGCUGCCGCCGCCCAGCCCCCCAGCGCCCCUCCCCAUGGCAGAGGAGACCUUCCCGUUCACCUCCUCCACGCGGCGGGCUCUCCGGCUCCAGCGGGAGUGGCUGGAGUGGGAGGACCGGCGGCGGGCCGCGGCCCAGCAGUGCCGCAGCCAAAGGUGCCCCCCCAGUGCCCGGGCCCGCCUCACCAGGCCGCGCCGCUGCUGCCGAGACCCAGCCGUGCACAACGCUCUGUUCUCCGGUGACCUGCGCCAGGUCCAAGCCCUGUUCCAAGAGGAAGACGCUGCCAACAUGAUUGUGGAGACUGUGAGCAACCAGCUGGCCUGGUCAGCUGAACAGGGGUUCUGGGUGCUGACCCCCAAGACGAAGCAAACGGCGCCCCUCACCAUCGCUGCUGCCCGAGGCUACAUUGACUGUGCCCGCCACCUGAUCCGGCAGGGAGCUGAGCUGGAUGCCCGGGUUGGGGGCCGGGCAGCCUUGCAUGAGGCCUGUGCCCGGGCCCAGUCUGACUGUGUGCAGCUGCUGCUGACCUUCGGUGCCAAGGCCAACGUGUUGUCUGAGGAGGGCACAACGCCCUUGCACCUCUGCACAGCCCCCGAGUCCUUGCAGUGCGCCAAGCUGCUGCUGGAGUCGGGAGCGACCGUGAACGUGGCGGCGCAGGAUAGCGAGGUGACACCCCUGCAUGUGGCGGCGGCUCGCGGCCUGGAGGAGCACGUGGCUCUCUACCUGGAGCACGGAGCCAACGUGCACCUGCGCACCAGCCAGGGCGAGACGGCCCUGAACGCGGCGUGCGCGGGGGCCGAGGGCCCGGGCAGUGGCCGGCGGCACCAGGAGGCAGCGCGCCGGCUCCUAGCGGCCGGGGCUGAUGCCCGCGCUGCCGGCCGCAAGCGCCACACGCCGCUGCACAACGCCUGUGCCAACGGCUGCGGGGCCCUGGCCGAGCUGCUGCUGCGCCACGGCGCCUGCGCUGGAGUGCCCAACGCGGCGGGCCACACCCCCCUGGACUGCGCGCUGCAGGCGGUCCAGGACGCCCCCAGCGGGGAGCCCGAGGGCCUCUUGGCAGCGCUGCUGGACUACGGGGCCCAGCCUGUGCGCCCUGAGAUGCUGAAACACUGUGCCAAUUUCCCUCGGGCCCUGGAAGUCCUGCUUAAUGCCUACCCUUGUGUCCCCUCGUGUGAUACCUGGGUGGAGGCAGUACUCCCAGAGCUGUGGCAGGAGCACGAAGCCUUCUACAUCUCGGCCCUGAGCAUGGUGAACCAGCCGAGGCGGCUGCAGCACCUGGCUCGGCUGGCUGUGCGUGAUCAGCUGGGUAGCCGCUGCCGACAGGCCGCCGCUCACCUCCCGCUGCCCCCGGUCCUCAGGGACUACCUACUGCUGCGUGUGGAGGGGCGGAUCCAGUGAGCCCCAUGCCAGGGUGCUCCCGGAGCUGUUUCUGUCCCCUCCAUCAGUCGUCUCCCUACAACCCUGGAGGACCAGUCCCUGGCUCUCUUGUCCACACUCCGCGUGCCCUCCCCAGCCUGCUCCCCUCUUCACUGGCUUCUUGAGCUACUCGCUGACCUCCUGCCCAACCCAAGCUCCAGCUUCCAAUGGGAAGGUCUGCAGACUCAGCCUUCACCCACCUCCGUCUCCUUUGCUUAAGUGGAUGGCCCCUCCAGCCCAAGCCACGUGGGGGUGAUCCUUGUUGCUCCUCCGUCCCCUGCCACCUAUGUACCUGUUUGGCCUCCUAAGGAGUGACCGACUCCGUCUAUACCUGCACUGCCUCUGCCCAAACUGCCUUUGUUGCUUGAAGGGAGGACCUCCCUGCUUGGUCUUGAAACACACGCCCCACAAGGAUGCCAGAGCCCGUUCGAGAAUCACAACUCUGAUCAUGCCCUUCGGGGGCUCCUUACCACCUUCAGGCUAAAAUCUGAAUUCAGUAAGUAGACAGAUCUUCUACCCCUGCCUCCGCCAAGCUCUCUGGUCUUCUGAUUCCCCCUUCCCCCUCUGAGGUUCCUGUAAUCCAGCCUCAUCAAACUGGGCAGACUUGCGGCUUGCUGGAUAUGACCUGCUCCACUUUGCUUCUAGGUGUUCUGCAUGUGCUGUUCCCUCUGCCUGGUCCACCCACCAGUGAUGCAUGAUGUCUUAAACAAUGGGUCACUACACUUGUGGUCUCUAAGGGUCUGUGACAGGAGGACAAGCCACUAGCUGUCCCCCCUCUCUCUCACUUCCUCCUCUGGUCCCAGAGUCAAAAGUACCAUCCUUCAUCUUUAAGAACCUUUUACGCCAAGCCACUUUUUGUGAAUGCAAAUAAAUGAUGUGUGCCCAGAACCCAAGCGUGUAUGUGUCAGGUUGGCAUGUGGCUGAGAUACCCCUCACUCCAUGUUUAUCGCCCCUCCACAGAGCAACUGUUAACUCUUGUGAUAGGAAAAAGGGUAUAAGAACAACAGAAGGCCCUUGCCAGACCCCAAGCUUGUAGUACCCACUGCAGGAGGGUCCUUUUGCUGAGGGACCCUGGGCUGUCGACUGCCAUUACCAUUUGGAGUCACACAGUAGUGACGGGUCAGAAGUCCCAGGGUCGGCCUCCUGCAGCUGUUGCCAGCCUCCUCGCCGCUGUGGAGAGUUGUAUCUGCGGAGAUUCCCUUUCACCAACACGAAGACAAUUUUGUACCUUGUUAUGCAGAGCAGCAACCUCUCCUUUCUGGAAGACAUGUUGGCUUUCAUUUCAUAGAGCCAAAAGGCGGGAGGGAAGAGAAGGAGAUCCGCUGUACUCCUGGGCCCAAGCUGACAGCCUCACUCUCAGGGGAGGAUGCUGAGCUGUCCACCCCUUUACAGGAGGCAAACCCCAGCGAGCUCAGCUUUUUCUGUUGCAUUUACACCUAUGACAAAAAAACCCACUUAGGAAAAAAACCCCCAAAGAUACAUGAGAUUAUAUGUAUUAUUUUGGGGUAGGAGAUUUUCCAGGGUGAAAGCAUAAAAGAAAAAAUGAAUAGAUCUGGAUACAGAAACAAUUUAAAUUUGGUUAUAAAAGCACCAAAUCAUAAACACAAGUGACAGACAAAGUAUUGGGGGAUUUCAUUUCCGGACACCUGGGUGGCUCAUUGGUUAAGCGACUGCCUUCG